UUGUACCGUAGCUUGAUGUGUUACCAGGUUUUUCCUAUUAGUGAGAAAAAAACUGAUUUCAAAGACAUCCUCCACCGCACGCCGUCCAUCGCCGUCGUCCGGCCAGUCCAGUCCAUCGCCGAACGCUGCCGCUCAAGCUUCUUCAUCGUCCAUAGCUCCGAUCGCACGCACUGUCGCUGCUUCAGAUUGCUUCCCCUCCGUUGCCGCCCAAGCUCGCCGCCGCUGCCGCUCCAAGCUACGCACGCCGACCGCGCCUCCGGUCUCCAAGCUUCGGACGCCGACCGCAUCGCAGGAGGAUAUUGCAGUUAUAUUUCAGAAGGCAGACAAGGACAAUUCUGGAACACUAGCAGUAAAAGAAUUUCAAGAAGUCCUCAAUGAUAUAUGUGAAAGAUACCCACAAGUAGAGCUCUACUUAAAAAAGAACCACAUCAGUGGCCUGGUUGAUUUAUUGAAAGAAGCAAAAGGGGAUGAUGUUAAAGAAUCUGUUGAGGUUGAUAUUGAAGAAUUUAAAUCAGCUCUCUCCAAAAUGGAUUCUCAGAUGAAGAAUCUUCAUGCUACAGCUCAGGUUGCAUCUCAACAAGGUGUCUACCUUGCUGAUUGCUUUAACCGUAUGGAGAAGUGCGAGAAGGAUCCAGAGGGUCCUAUUCGUUUUAGGGGAGAAGGACGCCAUCGUUUCCGGCCCUUCAGGUACAAGCAUCUUGGACAAUUUGCACCUCUAGGAGGAGAGCAAACAGCAGCACAACUUCCUGGAGAUUGGGUUUCAAUUGGCCACAGUACACAAUGGCUCUGGUAUUCAGUGUAUGCUAGGUAGAGAAGGUAGUGCUGCCGAAGAAGGGUAACUCCUUGGUGGGAUUUGUUCACUUUGAUUCACGGCUUGAUCUUGACAAUGCUAUCAAGGAAUUGAAUGA